AUGGCUAAUUUUUGGAUGUUACUUUCAGACGUAUUUAGCUUGAUAACAAUACUUCUUUGUUUAAUUUUAAAAGUACCACAAAUAAUUCAAAUAAUUAUAUCUAAAGAUGCAGCCGGACUUAAUUUUAAUGGUCUAUUAUUGGAACUUUCGUCGUACACUAUUACUAUGAUGUAUAACUUUUGUAACAAUCAUGCAUAUUUAUCUUACAUGGAAUAUCCGAUUAUAAUAAUUCAAGAGUAUAUACUUUUAAAACUUGUUAUGAGUUACCAAAACUUUAAAAAAACCACAUUUCCACUUUUAUUCGUUAUAUACAUGACAAUCUCUGUGAUAUUUGCUAUCGGGAUUUUGGACAAAUUUCUAUUGACACUUUUAGUGCCGUUAACCACACCUGUGGGUGCUGCGAGUAAAAUAAUGCAAUUAUUAGAAAUAAUAAAAUCGCAAAAUGCCAAAUCUGUCAGUGUAUUAACAUGGUUCUUAUCAUUUUUUACAAAUGUGACAAGAAUCUACACAAUUUACAUGGAUUCUGCUGAUACUUAUUUAUUAUUAAAUUUUUGUAUAUCAUCAAUUUUAAGCGGUGCCGUCAUGUGCAGCGCUUAUUAUUUUCAACAAAAAGAAAAAGCUAAAUAA